AUGUUUAAGGACUUUCCGUGGCUUGAAGUGCGUGAGAUGCCUACCAUCAAUGGACGAGGUGUUUACGCCAAGGUAGAUAUCGCUAAAGAAAUGGCGGUUGCCGAUGUUCGUGGCUAUCAAGGAAAGGUGGAAGACAUAAGAAAUUCUCUCAAAAAACUCAUUGAAGAGGAACGCCAUAAAGUGAUCAAGUAUUGGCAUGGAUUUAGAAGACGCGGUUGCGAUUUUAUCUUACUUGCACAUUGCGACUCAUACAAGGCAAUAGUAACGCUUGGUCGACUUAUCAACCAGUCGAUAGAGCAUGCAAAUCUAGUCCUACGUUGUAUUCGCUUUGGCGAACGUCGUGUUCGAUGGUUGCAUUGUUUGGUAGCUAAACGCGAUAUCAAGGCUGGUGAGCAGUUAUUGCGGAACUGUGGGAGAACGGAGAGAAAUCCAAACAUACCUAACUUCCCAGACAAUUAUCCGUGCAUAUGUCAAGUGUGCGAUCCGGCUGCAGCAGAAGCGACGGAAGCUGCUUUUGAACACAUGGAAUCGGUUGUUCUUAUUCUCUACCGAAAGCGGAACGAUCCAAAACCGCUGGUUAUCUUGUUGGGUGCACGCCAUUUUGAGGAUGACGGUCAUCGUUACGGCUGCUGCGUAGCAGUUGUGGGCGAAGAAAUUUACGCAGUCGAAUGUCAGGCGGAAGCCAGUGCUGACGAAAUGCCAUUGCAGUUGGAGUUAUUAGAAGCUGGCCCACUUACCCGUCAUUUUCCAUCACUAACAAUAGAGCAGUGGGAGACGAUACGCCGUAAGCCUAAGCUUAUACAUGAACAAAUUAUGCAGCUCUUGCAAAAUAAAUAG